AUGUCGCGCGAUCUCGACCGCGACGACACGGCCGCUGCCCCUCCCCGCCAUGGCCAGACCACUGCUGCCAUGACGCCAAACGCCUCGGCUGCCUCAGGCAACGGUAACGGCGUCCACGCUGCCCAAUCCUCGCAGCCGAGGAAGGCUGAACUCGCUGCCCUCCCGGACCCCCUCCUUCUCCAGAUCUUCGAGCUCGUCGGCCUGCACUCCAAGAGCUCCCUCUCCAGCGUCUCCCGCCUCAACAGGCACUACCACGGCCUGGCAGACUCGAUCCUGUACAAGAGGGUCCAUUUCGACACCCCGGAGCUUCAUCUCGUCUUCAGCGAGUCCCUCCAGCGCCGCCCCCGGCGCGGCUCUGCCAUCUACGACAUCAGUCUCUCCUACCCCUCGUCCGAGCUCGAGCGCCUCACCCAGCCCGCCGAGAAUGGCGACCACUACACGCCCCCACCCCUGCGUGUCGACGGGCUCUCCCGCACCAUCUCUGCCAUGUCCAACCUCGAGAGCCUCAACGUCGCCGUCCCCGAGACCCUUCUCCACGGCAUAGGCACGUUGUUCAAUGGUCCCUUUGACCUGGCGUGCCUCAAGUCUUGCACCCUCUUCUACCAGUGCAAGGACGACCAGUACUGGGACCUCCAGGAGAACAUCCACAUCUUCUCCCACCCGUCACUCGAGUCGCUCAUCAUCCGCCGCGCCAAGCUCGACUACCGCGGCUUCGAGUCCAUGGAGCGGCCUCACGAGACUGCCCUGCAGAAACUGCACUUCAUCGAGUGCGACAUCAACGACGACGCGCUGUCCGACAUUCUCGAGUUCCCCGAGGCCCUGCGCGAGUUCGUCAUGACCCAGCUCCCAGAGCCGGUGCCCGAGCUCGAGGAGUCGUCCGACGACGCGGGCGACUACAUCAUCGCGCUGAGCGCCCAGGCGCCUACCCUCGAGUCCAUCACCAUUGACGUGCCGACGCUCGGCGGGCGCAAGACGCUGCGCAUGCGCGAGUUCACGGCGCUCAAGACGCUGCGGCUCGGGUGGGACUACCACUUGUUCGGCAAGACGUCGAAGCGCGCGCGGCUGCACUCGAUUGGCAUGCCGCCGAACCUGGUGACCCUGGAGCUGUUCAACGAGCUCGGCACGGACGAGGGCGUCACGGAUCUGAUGGUGUCCAUGUUGCAGAUCGGCACGAUCCUGGCGACCAAGUGGGAGAAGUUUAUCGUGGUUGCAGACGAGGACGGUAAGGUCCCGCAGGUCAUUAUAGAUGCAUGCAAGCAAGGUGGUGUCGAGCUAGAGAUCAUUGGGCAUAUAGAGGAGGACGACGAGGGUGAACAGCUGGUCGACGAGCCAGAAGAGAUGUCUGAUUAG